UGCAGUACAUUGACGCCCGAGAAGAGCGUGCCGGAGACAGAGGGCCACGACUUUCAGCUGCCCUGCGGAGCAACUUGUUAUCAGGUUGUGCGCAACUUGUUUCAGAUCGGGCACCUGCAACAGUCUUUCCAAGCGAGUGGGUCGCAACAUAUUGGUGUGAUUAAAGAUCGGCCGUCAUCCAGGGAUACCCUGUGCUCAAGGAUGCUGCUGUUUUUGAUGAUGAUCGUCUCGGUCGAGGGCUUCCGGUACCACAAGGAGCUCGCGGGGCGAUACGUCCUAGAGUUGAAAGCAACGUGUCCAUCCAAACCAGAAGGUGUCGUUGAUGUGCACGUUCUGACCGACUUGAACCUGCGUGUGCGCGUCAUCUGUAAGGACAAUUUCACCACCCUCAUUGAAAGCGACGACUCCGUCAACUUCCACUUCGAACCUCCCUUCAGAGGGAACUCCAGACAAGAGUGUGUUUUAAAUAAAAUGGCGGGCUCGAAGACGUACACGUUCCGUCUGGAUGCAGAAUAUGGAGAACCAGAGUCAGAGAUUCGGCCAUUUGUAGAGCCGUACAUAGUCACGUGUACCUACGAUCCCCACAGUACAGACAAAUCAAACAAACAAGGUAUUGGACACAGUUUGAUCGCACCCAAAGAGAUUCAAGCCAACGCGGGUAAGCGGGGGGCCUCUCACCUGAAGCUGUUGGUCGUGGACGUGAUGGACAAGGCGACCCCCAGGAAGCUGAAACGCGGUCUCCUUGUCAGUCUCGCGGCAAGUUCUGAUGGAACUGGGGGUGAAAUGGGACUGCGGGCGACUGCAUGUGACGCUGUGGGGAAUAAUGGCGUACACUACGCCGUGCUGAGGGCUGGUUGUGGGGAUGGUAUCGUAUUCAAACGGACAGAUGGUUUCAGGACUGACGGUUUAAAUGUCUAUAGUCCCCAUUUUCGAAUCUUCACUCUGAAAAACAGCGUCUCUUUGAGAUUCAAAUGCAACUAUACGUUUUGCUCAACACCAUGCGAUGGGAGUUCGUGUAUCGACCAAGCGGCGCGGACCAAACGUUCCGCCCAUAGCCCGUAUAGCGUGACCGCAGUGUCCGAUUCGCUGGAUUUGCAGAAUGUAGAUGACAGCAAUGGAAGUGAGGACGGGGUCCGAGACUAUGCUGUCCGAGACGAUGCGGUCCGAGACGAUGCGGAUGUCAACUACCACUCUCUUAGAAAUACUGGAGUUUCUCACAGCACAGCAUCAGACGCUCCCUGGUGGCAAACCCCGGUAGUUAUUCUGACGAUGGCGAUCUUUCUCACCAUGCUGAUGGGCGGAAGUGCCCUGAUGGUGCACAGGCGCAGAAUGACUUCCGCAUCGCUGGCGUGAGCGGCGUGAAACAUCUGACAGUGACGGGGUUCAGAAUCUACUGAAUAAACUGUUCGCCGUGUCUUUUUA